ACUGCGGAGAGAGCCGCUUUUUCAUUUUCAAGCGACUACAGGGUUGUCUUGAAACCAAUGCCGUGAGCGAAAUUAUUUUGCCACUGCUCAGCACUGAAACGUCAUUUAUUUUUCGAAUCUCGCGUUUGAUUUUGUGAGAGAGAGCAUGAAUGCACAAAACCUUACAUGACUGUGUAAUAGUUUGUUUACUUUCCCGUUUCGAUCAGCUGUAUUUCGAAAAUUUCCGCUGGAAGUGUCGUUCGCGAUAGUUUUUUGCUGCUUUAGUGGUUUCAGAAAGAUUAAAUCUAAAUUUUGUGUUUAAAAUGCGGUGUUCAGUGAAAGGUUGCCGGAGAAAUAGUCGAACCGAUCGAAUAAGUUUCUAUCGUUUUCCUACAACUUCGUCGCUCCGAUCUGAGUGGAUUAAGUUCUGCGGGGAUGAUAAUUUAAAUUUGACGGUGAAUUCACGGGUUUGUGGGGAUCACUUUGAUGUGAGAACUUCUCGUCGGUUCAAUAAUCUUGGCCAGCAGAUUCGAAGCAGAAAUGCAAUUCCGACCAUCAAAGUGAUACAACAUGCUUUGCCACUGUAUGCCUCACCUGCUUUGUUUGACCACACAUACGCAGAAAUUUUUGAGGAGGAUGCUAAACCGGAUGAUUAUUUAGGAGACGACGAAGAAGCGAUGGAAGAAUCAUCGAAUGAGUGCGAUCUUCCGGAUUCCUUGCCUGUCAGCAUUGAGCACCAAUCUAAGCCGUUAUCUAAAAAAUGUUGCGCACGAAACAUCAGUUUGAUGAAUUUGUGGCGAAGACGAGCACAACAUUGGAAAGCAGAAUUUUUGAAACUCUCCAAGCAGUUCGAGCUACCGCAAAAGUUAAGUAGGAUCUAUAACAACGAUCAAAUUCAGGUAGCAUUAGGACGAGUCAAGAAAGUGAGGAAGUGGUCCGACCAAACCAUUCUACGUGGACUGCAAACGAGGUUUGCUUGCGGAAAAGGAUACGACUACCUGCGUCAGCAAAAUCAACCAUAUCCGUCCACGCGAACACUUCUCGAGCAUAUUCAAAAUGUUCCAUUUGACACAGGUAUGUAUGUAUGAUAGAACAAUGGGAAAAAUAAAACGCAGUACUGCCUGAAAAUAAACCAUCAAAUGAAAAACAUGGGAGAAUUUGUUUGAAUAUGGUAGAAUAAAUACCUUUACGCACCUUCAUGAAAGUAGGGUGUAUGUAUGUUUCUUUAUAAAACGAGUUACGUUAACGUAGACCGAAAUAUUUCUCAAGGUAACAGCUGGCAGUCUUCUUCUCCCCUAUAAUACUGUUUAAGCAAUCUGUUUGUUUUGUUAUUAUACACAGGUAUACUUUGUGAAAUGUUAUUGCUACUGGACGAAAAACUAUCUUUGAUGGAUGAUUGCUCGAGAGACUGUGGCCUAUUCCUCGAUGAAAUGAGUAUAGACGAGGCUAAGGAACUGUGUCCUAAUCUCAACAAAUGGUAUGGAACUGUUACGCUCCCGGAUUCAGAAGCUCUUGCAACUAAAGGUUUAGUUUUCAUGCUCGGUGGAAUCGCACAAAGGUGGAAGCAAACGGUAGCAUUUGAAUUCACCGGUAAUUCUGUGCCAGGAAGUUGUCUUAAGUCUAUUGUAGAGAAAAUUAUUGAGAAAGCUGAAGAUCAUAACUUGCGUGUGCAUUUUGUGACAUCGGAUUGUGGCAGUGCAAAUAAGGCAAUGUGGGUUGAAUUCGGAGUAAAUGUUCGGAAGGAUACGCUCCAAAACAAUCUAUCAAUACAACAUCCGGUUGAUCCUAGUAGGAAGCUUGAAUUUAUCGCUGAUCCUGUGCAUAUUUUCAAAAAUUCAGUGCAUGGUUUUAUUUCUAACAAGAAUAUAUUUUUACCCGAUUGGUAUGUUGAGAAACAUGGCCUAUCGACUAAUAUAGUGGACCGGGAACACAUUAAAGCUUUAGUAGACGAGGAGUCGAACCAACCUAUGUUUUAUAAACUCGCUGGUCGCUUGACAGCUGCCGAUGUGGAUUUUGAUAGAAGGCCGCUUUCAAAUGUUGAUAAAAUGAAAGUUACAAACGCAACAAAAUAUUGUAAUCAUAAUCUUGUGGCUGCUUUGGAAGUAAUUUCUGAGAAAACUGGACGUGAGGAGCUAAAAGCGACUGCUGCUUACCUAGGAGAUUUAGCUAAAUGGUAUGACAUAGUUAACUCUCGUGAUGAUUCUAGUGCAUUACAACCAGCAAAUUCUGUUGAAUACGCAUCAGCCUUAGAACAUAUGUCUAUGAUGUGUAGGCUGUUCAGUGAUCUUAGUGUAGGAGAGAAAAGACACUGGAAACCUUGGCAAUCUGCAGCGGUGAUGUCGACCAAGGCGUUAAUUCGAUUACAAGCUUACUUUUUCAGUACGGGAUAUACGAUUCUAUAUACGUCAAGAUUAACGCAAGAUUGUCUGGAGAAUCUUUUUUCAGUUGUAAGAGCCAAGCAGAAAAGACCUACGGCAUUGCAAAUGAAACAACAUUUAAGAACAAUAACUUUGUCACAAUACAUGCACGUACCUCAGCACAGCUCAUAUGAUGUCGACGAACGACAAUACUUGGUUACUUUCACUGAUAUUCUCAAGCGAAAUCCGGUAUCACGCUGUACAAAACGAUCCAAAAUAGAUCAAAGUGCUUGCUCAUCGUCAUUUGAACAGAGUGUUGAUAUUACGGAACAUGAAAUAUCGUCUGUUUCUGAGCCGAUAGAUUCCAUAACUGAAAACGUUCAGGAAGCAGAGAAUGAGCCUCUUGAUGUAUCAUGUAAUCAAUCGGACACGAUGAAGAUAGCGAUUAAUAUAAUAUCUUUAAAUGAUCGAGCAAAUCUCAAUGCGUUCUUCCAAGUAUCGCAUAAAAUUGUAUCGGCGAUAAAUUCUAAAUUAUGCCAAAAAUGUCGAGCUACUUGUAUAACGUCUAUUCCAUUCAAUAAGGAUUAUGCACAAUACACAAUUAGGCUACACGAAUUCCGCAAAUUCAAUCGCGUUUUUCCAUCGGAAGAUUUUUUUCAUUUCAUCAUUGGUUUAGAUUAUUGGUACAAUAAGCUACGUGCAGAUAAAAGAGAAAAUUAUAGCAAGCUGUACAACGUCCCGAUGCCUCAAAGUCUGAUGAAUUGUCAUAAUUUGAAAGAAGAAUCAGUUAAAAUAUUGAUAAAAUUAAAAACUAUAUCGGAGAAAAUUUGGAAAACGCGGAAAUCGAAAUAUGAUAGUCGAAGUAUGGUCGUGUGAUGACGGAAGCAAGUAAUAAUAGAGAAAAAUAAAAUGUAACAAUAUUUGUAAUAAAAAAAAAACUUAAUUUGUUUAAUUAUUUUCCGAACAAUUACAAUACUUCUCGACAGAAGAUCUGGAAGAAACAUAACCACAAUGUUCAAUGUUUGGCUCCCGCACAAAAGACCUUUCAGGCUCCAGUUUGACAAGCAAAUCGACUCUAUCCGCACCA